UUUACGUUUCACAAUCAAUACGUUCUCGAAUCGAGUGUAAAGCCGAACGACUAUUAACCGCAGAGUUUUUAUGCAGUUAAUCGAACUAAAGGAUACGUAAAAAGGAUGUCGAGCAACGAAAUUUGUCUCCCGGUAUCGUAACGACAGACAGCGACGAAGUCAGUUAUUUAGCUAACGUCCUGUCACCAACUGUCAAGAGAAACCAAGAGAGAUGGCUACCUUUAGUAAUUAUACAUUUUAUUAAUUAAUUUCGAUGAUCAUAGAAAACCGGCUCCACCGUUCAUUACGAAGAUGAUUGUUUAGGAUUUAAAUAAUCAAAGCGAAAUGAGUAGCCAACUGAAUGUAACAUUAAGACCAGAGGUACGUUUAGAUGCUAAGUGGUUAAAAUUGGAUUUGCAACGAUUCCUUCGUCGUGAUGGACUUGCUGAACUUUGGAAUGAAAUGGUACGGGAUGGGGAAAUUGUUGGAUCUUUUAGCGAUGGUCUAAUUAAUUCUGCAGGUGUUCUUGCAAAAAAAGGUGACAGUGGGCAUUACUACUGCAAUUUGCGAGUGUUAUCCUGUCUUUGUUGUGAUGGCAUCUGUGGACCUCAAAGUGGUUGUAAUUGUGGACCAUGUCAAAAAUUAGAUGCAGAAGAAGCCACAAGAUGUACAACAACAGUAGAAAAAAUAAUACCAGUGCAACGCACAAUAGAUUCUUGGGUUUGGGGACUACAACCAUCUGAAGGUGAAUUGACUACAUGCGUUGAAUCUUUGAUAAAGGAGCAAAGAAAUCUGUGUCAUGAAGUUGCUAAUAGUACACUUUCAGCAACACGCCUUAGACAAAGAUUAAUUGUUGCAAGAAGAUAUUUCACAGCUUUGUCUCGAUACAAACCGCAAGAAGCCAAAGAAGUAGUGAUUCAGAAGAAUAUAGUCAAGACACAAAAAAUCAUAAAACCUAUUGAGAAAGCGACAGUUGGACUUGCACGUGUUGGAUCUCGAGCAGCUUUAAACUUUUCGUUUGCAUUCCUUCGACGGGCGUGGCGUUCCGGGGAGGAUGCUGAUCUCUGCAGCGAGUUAUUAACCGAAUCACUAGAAGCUUUACAAUCGUUACCCGAAGCGACUCUUUUCGAUGAAGGCACCGUUUCCAGAGUUUGGCUGGAAGUCGUUGAAAGAUCUGCCAAAUUCUUGCGUCAAGUCGUGACCGGGGACGUGGUGACAGGUAGAUCAUGGUGUCCCGUUCCUCUAUCGGAUCAACAUACAGCGUUGUGCUUACUCCUCGAACUUGUUACUCAAAAAGGCACAUUAUCCAGCCUCUUAGAUUCCGUAAUCUUACUAUUACACCUAAGCGGUAAGUCGAAAAACCAAGAUAACCGCGUGAUGCCACCUGGCUGUUCUGCCCCUUUGAUUCCACUACUUCGACGUCUUAACACGAUUCCUGCGCCAAAACCGAGGCAUACGGAUAACACCGUACUGCCAGGGCCGUGCGAGGUUCUCCUGAAGUACCUGAGAUUACCCGACGACAACACCGUUGCCGUUGAUUUAAGAAAAGCAGCGGUUGUAAUAAUGUGUCAUUUAAGUCGACUGGCAACUCCACUUUUACCUCCAGUCAUAACCGACGGCUUUUCAAAAAAUCAGACACAAGUGUAUCAAGAAGUCUUGGCUUGGGGAAGAAUUAAAUUAGGCAACGGAACUUCCCCAUUCUACUGCGAUGCGAUCGCAGAACUUGGAGUGAAGCAACUAUGCUGUACCGAAAGAGCACUGAUGAUUUUGUCCCUGAGUGGUAAGGUGUACAUGAUGUACCAUGGUUCCGAGACUCAAUAUCCGCAAAGAAUAUACGGUUUUGCGGAGAAAACGAUAACGAUGAUAGCCUCCCACCCGGAUGGCAAGCACUAUUUGGCUUUGGCUCAGGAUGGGACUGUCUUUUCUUGGGGGAAUGGUGAUGGUGGAAGACUCGGCCAUGGGGACACCACAUCCUACGACGAACCAAAGGUACUGGAGGCCCUUACUAACAAGGAUAUAACAUUCAUAGCAUGCGGAAGCAACUAUUCCGCAGCUUUGACAGUCACAGGCUCAUUAUACACCUGGGGACGAGGACACUAUGGAAGAUUAGGUCACGGCAACUGCGAUGACGUUUUAACCCCCACCUUGGUCUCCGCUCUGGAUGCACACACGGUUGUCCACGUUGCCUGUGGAAGCGGAGACUGUCAAACGCUCUGUGUCACCUCUUCCGGAAUCGUCUUCUCCUGGGGUGACGGAGAAUUCGGGAAGCUCGGCAGAGGCGGCUUUAUCGUUUCAAAGGUUCCCAAAAUCGUGGACAAGCUGUUCGACAUAAACGUCGUUAAGGUUUACUGUGGUGGCCAUUUCUCCGCUGCGUUGACAGCGUCCGGAGAAGUGUACACGUGGGGAAAAGGCAACUCCUUUCGACUGGGACACGGAAAUGAGGAACAUGUCAGUUAUCCGAAAAUUAUUGAUGUCCUAAAGAACAAAAAAGUAAUAGAUCUAUCAGUGGGUAAUGUCCACUUAUUGGCGCUUACGGAGGAUCGCCUCGUGUACGGAUGGGGCAGGAACGACUACGGCCAGAUAGAUCCAUCGUUGGGUCCUGUGGUAACUGAGCCAACUGUUUGCCCGACCCUAACUGGUAAAAAUGUCAUUGGCUUGGUGUGGGGCCCUUCGCAGAGUUUCGCCUGGUCCAUGCACUCCAUGUGGUCCGUUGGAAGCAGGGUUGCCUUCGUGGUAGACCUUUCUGAGGAGACGUUUAAACUUCUGGACACUUUAGUGGUAAAAUCUUGCGAAGGACUGCCAGGUACUCGGCCCCCUACGCAAGAUCGGGAAUGCCUGACAGUGGCGACAUUAAAUUUGCUAAGGUUACAGUUUCACGCCAUGAUAACUCACAAUAUCGAUAACAAAUCCGUGGGACUAGGGUGCUCCUCCCUGCUCAGCUCGUUGAAGCAGCGCUGCAUCGCUUUAGCAAGCGGAGCUGGUAUAUUAGCUACGAUUCAAGAAGCUGCACAAGCGGUAUUGCAAACAGGAUGGAGCAUUUUACUGCCAACGGCGAACGAACGAGCGAAAACUCUCUCGAGUUUCUUGCCUAAUUCCAGUAGUCUCGAGCAGUCAAAUACCAACAAGGGCCAGAGAUUUAUGGCUGAUUUGCUCGUCUCCAGUCUAAUGGCUGAUGGUGGAUUGGAGUUCGCUUUGAAGACUGCGAUCAAGGCCGAGGUCAUCGAUAUCUCCGACGACAAGGAGUUUCCCGUGACUAAGAGCGGGGAAAUUAAGCAAUCCAAGGAAUUCAACUCGGAGAAGCACAAUGUGACGAUAUCCCUAUUCCAACUAGUCAAGCAAUUGAUAAAAGACGGAUCUUGCAUUACUCAGUCCAGAUUUCAAGCUCUGCAACAGUCCAAUAGAAACGAGGACAUGCAAAAACUCGACAACUCCCCAAGCUUGAACUUACUACUCCGAUUUCAACGACUUCUGAUCACAAAGAUGUACGGAUGCAUCAAUAAAUGCAGCAACGAGGAACCGCGAGAUCAAGAGAUGCUUGGCGCCGAAUCUCUCCUGAAGAAGUACAUCCAUCAAGUUGCCAACCACGUAACCGAAGUUCUUCCGAUAGCGAGCGAGAUUGCUGGCACGAGCAGUAAAAGUUUCAUGCUAGUAGCUGCUGUCUUGAAAGGCGACAUCAUUAACAUUUUGAUACCUGAACUGAUCACUUGUCUGAUACUGCUUCAGGUGGACUAUCCAAUGUUAUUACUUAACAUGAAUUGGAUGGAAGUGCUCUCCCCGAUUCUGGAAGCCUUGGACGAAUUUAACAGACGAGCACCUACGAUAGAAAAAGAUGAUGCCGAUGAUUUGUCAUGGCCGGGAAUCAUCGCACCACAGCACGGAAACAAAAUACCCGUCCAUGACGAGCCACCUCUAAUUCGAUGGGCUGAUCUAGAAAACCAUAAUAGAGACGGUGGUCUCUGGAUAGUAGUUAACAAUAACGUCUACGACGUACAAGAUUUCCGUUACGAAGGUUCGUGCAAUGUAGAGAUGCUUAACAGAUGCACAGGGAGGGAUACGAUAACGUUACCUCGAUUCUCUCUGAUGAACGGAAUCAUGGACUCAUGCUUCGUAGGACAUUAUUCACAGCCUGAACCAGAGAAUACGCAGUUUACGGUAGAGGUUUCGGACGUUUGUUUAUCACUCCUUGAUAUGGAGAGGGCUCUUGGAUUCCUUUUAGGUCUACACGCGUACACCAUGCGUCAAAGUUUGGCUUUACAAGCUGCCGAAGAGGAGGCAGGGACGUGGCUGAACGCACAAUUUCUAAGAGGCGGUCUUCAGGUUCUGCAGCCUCCGAAUCCAUACGAAGAAGAAAAGGGAGAGGCUAGGAGCAAUACCUCCACAGCUGCGAAUUCACCGACAGAACCUCCGGUGUCUAUGUGUACCAAAGAUGAGCCGCAAAAACCUGCGGACGACAGGGUGUCGUUCUUUAUUCAAGCAUUGGCAGAAACUCAUAAAACCGACGCUUAUGUACAAGCUUUCUUAACUAUCGUCGAUAGAUACAACAAAGCUAAUAACCUACUUUCUCACGUGGAUUUUUCUGGUGACCAUCCUGUCGAGGAGAUUGGUCGCCUUUUAACAGCCGUCAUCAUAAAGCAUCUUGCGCUUGGCCACCAGACCAUAGCGCUAAUAGAUCAAGAAGUAAUGGAAGGUAACGCAAAGCUUACAAAACCUUUGGCUGAUACGGUCAGGGCCGUUCACCAGACCAAGUGGAACCUGAUAAGAGCGAAGCAACAGCAAAACAGGAGUUACAAAGAGGUUUGCGCCCCGGCACAAGAGAAAUGUAGAUUCUUACUGUACGAGGUAAGGCCCGCUACAAGUUACGAAGUCCAAGGUCUGCAAAGAUUGAAACUACUUCACACCGUCCCGAAGUUCAAACGAGCCGUUCGUGCUAUGAUCGUGGACAUAAAAAGAAAUAAGGAUUCUCCCACUAAAUUGGAAGAUAUCGUGAACGCUUCCAUUCAGAACGGUAAGAGUAAGACCAAGUCGGACGACGAUACAACACCGAAGGACAUCACCCCAAAUGCUUCGUUGCCUUCCAAGUUAGAGGACAUUUCUGGAAUAAAGAACGUAAUCAUGCAGUUAACCGAGAAGAUCAAAUUUAGACCUCUUGUGAGUAAUCCGGAACUGAUAACCAGUAUUAUUAACUUCUCCAUCACGGAGGAUGGAGGUGAUGUCGAGACUCUACGUCGAGCAAUGUAUUGCCAGAUCCAACGAGCUAAGAUGCGCGAAGAAGGUAUCAUAAUGAUUAAGGAGCUGCUCAAAAAGGAUUACUUGAUAACAUCCGUCAAGUACUCCCUACUCAAUGGUUGGCUUGGAUUGUCCCACGAAAACAAGCGUUUGAUUGGUGGGAUCACCCAUUGUUUGAGCAACAUUCAACUGGUGACUCCUUACCAGAGGUCGAAAGUGAUCCUAGCGGAAGCCGACGUCACAUCUUGGGCGAUUCAAGCCCUGAGAGCUUACGUCGUGCAAGCCGAAAUGCCCAAUAAACCCAAAGCGACCGGAAAAAGCAGUCUCAAUCAAGAAACGUAUACGUGGUUGAGGAAGUUGCCGAGAGCAAGAUUUCUCUUAACGAUCCUAGGCAUGCUCGCGAAUUAUCAACACGCCAACGAAAUCGGUCUCUUGAUAAACUCCGGUCUUCUUUCCAGUAUCUUGACCUUGUUGAGGCAAAUCGGGCCCUCCAUGCAGUAUAAACCUCCGCGGCUUGAAGGAGCAGCAGCGAUUUACGAGGACGCGGUGCAUAUGAGUAAGCCACAGACUGUUCAGCUGAGUGGUAUUGAAUUGGCUGCGUUGAUGAAGAUCGGAACGAGAGUCGUGCGCGGCGCGGAUUGGAAAUGGGGCGACCAGGACGGAUCUCCACCUGGAGAAGGCAGCGUUAUAGGCGAACUUGGGGAGGACGGCUGGAUCAGGGUGCAGUGGGAUAACGGAACUACGAAUUCCUACCGAAUGGGUAAGGAAGGUAAAUAUGACCUAAAAUUAGCCGAACCACCUCCACCUCCUGAUAGCGACACCGACAGCGAGACGUCGGUGAACGGCGGUAAGUCCGACAAGAACGGGGUCAAGGAGAUCCAUCCCACGACGUACCUGAAGAACGCAUCCACUAACUUGCUACGAAUAAUCUUGCUCUCUUGCGGCGUAGAAUCGGACGGAGUUCAACAUUCCGCGUUGAAAAUUCUGGCCUCCGUCCUCCGAGGAAUAAUUUCUGCAGCCAGCAAAUCCGACUCCAGCGUCCAAACGCAGCUAGCUAAGGAACACCACGGAACCUGGGCAACGCUAAGCAUUUUAAAAACAAUCGCCAAUUCCCCGAUGUUGUGCAGGGCUCUGAGCACUCAAGCUUGGGUCGACUUUCUUUUAAAUGUGAUAGGAGAAGACAAUCACCCCAACUUGCAAAAACAAAUCAUGGCUGUGAAGCUGCUUGCCGCUACUCUGCCCUCCUGGCCAGUCGAGUCUCCCGAAAUGACGCCAUUCUUGGACAAGGUCUUCAAGCUCUUAGGGCAAAUUGCUCUCAUAUGCGAAUCCGAAGUGCGUGCGGAGCUUCACGCGAACAAGAGUAGAGUGUCUUUGACUGCAUCGCACAGUUCUACCCUAGCCGAGGAGAUAAUUUCCCUGAUACAUAAAUUGCAUUCCCUUCCCGGCUGGAACACCGCAUUGAACGCAUUUUUAACAGCGAAGCUAGCCUUGGCUUCGGAUUUACUUAAUGACGGACCAUUGUUCCACAUACAAAUGAAUGAGAACGACGGAGGUAACAGUCUGGGAAUUCAACAGACGGUCAUGGCUGCCUUAAUCGUCGUCGGUGAUCUAGACAGUAGACCCAGAGUUGGCGGUUUGGUUGAAUUGGAUAACCAAAUUGGAACGGUCUGCAAGUUGACCUCACACUCCAAACUGGUCGUACAGUUGCAUGAGAACGGAACACAAAAGAAGGUACCAUUUUCGGCAGUACGACAGAUCAGCGAGAAGUUUCACCUGGACAGAAUGACCAUGACGGACUCGCUCAUGUCUACCUGGGCCAGCCUAUUACUGAAUCACAGUGGAACGGAUAAGAGACCAGGAGGAAUGCCCGUUAUAGCAGGCGUGGUCAACGCAUCGGUUCUUCGAAUCCAACAACAGCAACUAGCAGCGCUGAACGCCGGUAGGAUGUUACUUGACUACCAGUCCAAACUGAGACGAGUCUUGAAGACCUUGACGAACGACAGCGACGAUGACCGGACGACCCUGUUACAAGAAAUGCUCAUAAGAGCCACCAAACCUCAGCCCUUGAAGCCAAUAUUUAGCCGACAAGAACUGGAGACUGCAGCCUUGAUGGUAAGUCAAUACUUGGCCUCGGAACUGAUUCACACUCCAAUUCAUCGCAGCAAGGUCGGUUCGGAACCAGCGAGUCCUACGUCGGAUUGUUCCUUGGCGUCCUUAACGUCCAGCCAGCGUCGUCACUGCAGAAGCUCGAGGAAGAUCGGACCUCCAACUAGUCCUUUAGUCACGCAGCUCAUAGAGAUGGGGUUCCACCGGAAAAGCGUUGAAUUUGCCAUGAAGAACCUGAGCGGAACAGAGGCACACCUGACCACCGAGACGGUGGUGGGUUGGCUCUUGGAGAACCCUGACGCGGCAUUCAGCGAUACCGAGACCUUGUCCAGCGUGGACGGUUUAUCGGAUUCCGACGACUCGACGAGCGACGACGUCGACGACUUGACGUCGAACCACGAGGCUGGCUCUACCGCGCAUCGAACCUUCAUGAAACGGUCCGAUUUCCUUUCCGUAGACGAGUAUGCUAUUUACGUUCGUGAUAACGUAUCCGCCGGGAUGCUGGUGCGCUGUUGCAAGAGCUACGAAGAGGUGGAUCACGGUGACGUGGGCCAGGUGGUUAAGAUCGACCCGGAAGGUCUACAUGACCUGAACGUGCAGGUCGCCUGGCAACACAAAGGUGGCACCUAUUGGGUAAGAUUCAUCCAUAUUGAGCUUUUAGGACACCCGCCGUCUUUACCGGGACCACCAGCCUUGAAGAUUGGCGAUAAAGUACGCGUGAAGGCCUCAGUCGCCGUUCCCAAAUACAAAUGGGGCUCUGUGAACCACGAUAGCGUCGGAGUCGUGACGGAAAUCAUCAAUAAUGGCAAGGACGUGUCCGUAGACUUUCCUCAACAGAACGGCUGGACCGGGUGUGCAGCGGAAAUGGAGAGAGUACCCUCGUGCCAUCACACCGUUUCUUGCAAUUCUUGCCACAUGUCGCCCAUAUCUGGACCCAGAUUCAAGUGCAAACUUUGCGAGAACUACAAUUUGUGUGAGAAUUGCUUCUACACGAAGAGAUCCCAUCGGCACGGUUUCUACAGGAUUACCGAACCAGGGACGGCAGCGGUCUAUGCUGGUAAACCGGGGAGAUAUCAUCGGCAGGACACCUCCGAGAGCUCUUUGAUCGAGGAUUGGUCAAGAUGUAUCAGAUCACUGGAUGUCUCGUCGAGGGAACAUUGGGCACUGAGACUAGUCGAUGGGUCUGGCGAAUACUGGCAGAGCUGUGGCUGCCAAGGGAAGCACUGGAUUCGUUUAGAGAUGUUGCCCGGGAUCAUGAUCUACUCCUUGAAGAUACAGGUGAACCCUCAGGAUAGCAGCUACAUGCCUUCCUGGAUAGCGGUCAGCGGAGGGGACUCCUUCGGCAGUUUGCUAGAGCUGGCUUCGAUAACCGUAAGGAACACCGACACUACCGUCACUCUGCUGCAAGACCUCCAAGAGUACUACCCCUGUAUUGAAAUAGCUAUCAAACAAUGUCGCAAUGGCGGUAUAGACUGCAAGAUUCAUGGUUUACAAAUAGUCGGACGUAAGAAAUUAUUCGAGAACCAGCUGGCCACCUCUGUGUCGUUUUUAGCUUCUGACUGGGAGGUGGUGCAGGAACAGAUGACAGCGCAGCGCACAGGUGACACCCAUCAACACUCGGCCGUAUACGUCUGGGGUCUAAACGACAAGGACCAAUUGGGAGGCCUAAAAGGUUCAAAAAUAAAGCUACCUGUGUACAGCGAAGCCCUGUCUCAGUUAAAGCCUGUCCACAUCGCUGGGGGUAGCAAGACGCUCUUCAUCGUCAGUCAAGAAGGGAAAUUGUACGCCUGCGGAGAAGGGACUAACGGCAGGCUGGGACUCGGUGACAACAACAACGUAUACGAACCUAGACCCAUACCGUUUCUAAGUCAAUACGUAAUAAAGAAAGUGGCCGUGCAUUCUGGAGGCAAACACGCGUUAGCAUUGACCCUGGACGGCAAAGUGUUCUCCUGGGGCGAAGGGGAGGACGGUAAACUAGGUCACGGCAAUCGCUUGUCUCUGGACAAGCCAAAACUCAUCGAAACCCUGAAAUCGAAAAGAAUUAGAGAUAUAGCUUGCGGAUCGGGGCAUUCCGCGGCGAUAGCGAGCAACGGUGAGGUAUACACCUGGGGAUUAGGGGAAUAUGGCAGGUUGGGCCAUGGAGACACGAAUACCCAACUAAAGCCGAAACUGGUAGAGGCGCUCGUGGGUCAGAGAGUGAUCCAAAUUGCGUGCGGCAGCAGAGACGCCCAGACAAUGGCUUUGACCGAUUACGGCUGUGUAUAUUCUUGGGGUGAUGGAGACUUUGGAAAACUGGGCAGAGGAGGUAGCGAUGGCUGCUAUACGCCUCUUCUUAUAGACAGGCUGACCGGUCUCGGGGUUAUCCAAGUGGAAUGCGGUGCACAGUUCUCCCUGGCCUUGACUAAGUACGGAGAGGUGUGGACUUGGGGUAAGGGCGACUACUUCCGUCUAGGUCAUGGCAAUGACCACCACGUGCGAAGACCCACCGUAGUCGAUGGUCUGAGAGGGAAGAAGGUGAUCCACGUGGCCGUGGGUGCUCUUCACUGUUUGGCGGUAACCGAUGCCGGGCAGGUAUACGCAUGGGGCGACAACGACCAUGGCCAACAGGGCAAUGGUACAACCAUCGUCAAUAGGAAGCCGUCGCUGGUCCACGGUCUGGAAGACGCAAAGGUGAACAGGGUAGCCUGCGGAUCGAGCCACAGCGUGGCCUGGGUGCUGACCGACCAGCCGACCACCAGCAACCAGGAACCGGUAGCGUUCCCCACGUUGAAAGAUCCCCUAGGCCAGGCGUCCAUAGGGAUUCUGGAUCCAUCGGAGCCCACUGCGGUUGCGAAUCCUAAAGACGUCAGGCCUUCCCUGGCGCACAUCAUUCUCUCCCUGGAGAGCAACGUGGCGAAACAACAAGCUCUGCAACACGUGAUAAAUGCCCUGCACAUCAUGCAGGCCAGGACGGCCAUAGUCACGGCUCUACGUAGCCAUACGGCGGUAACCUCUUGCCCGAAGUCUGCAACACCAGAUGUUCCUCCAGAGGGGGCCAUGAGCUCCAGCAUCGGGCCCGUGGUUUACCAGAAUGUUACCGAGAUUGCCCAGGGUGGCGGUGAAGCGCCAGCGAGUGUCACCGAGGUACCCAACGUGGCCUCCAGUCCACGAGCUACCCCGGAAUCCGAGGAUUACCCGCUCGCCGUAUUCCCUUCCAUGUCCAGCUCCGCAAGUCUAUCCUCCCGGGCCUCGAAGAUGUCCACCAGCGCCAUGAGCGUUAUCGCGGCUACCUUGACUUCCAACGCCCAUGUAAUUGGCGAAGGGGCCAACACCGAAUCGGGUCUGGACGAGUUCACCGCGGCCUUAACCGAGGACGACGCGAGGAUGUUGGUGGACCUUCUAAAGCUCGCCGUGGCCAACAGAGUGUGCGACGGCGCCAAGGAGACCAUUUCUUCUGUUCUGAUCUCUUUAGGUAAGGCGAACAGGUCCAUAGGGAACAUGCUCCUGGAGCUCUGCGUCACCGAACUAGAGGACACGGCAGCCAACUCGAACUGCAUGACCAAUGCACCACAACCGGUGGUCCAGGAGACGCCGCAUCCUUAUAUCGAUGACACCACUCUCACGGGACACGUGAAAAUUCCUGGGGCAGAGGUGUUGAGAAUUGAGUUCGAUCGACAGUGUUCAACGGAGAGAAGACACGAUCCACUUACAAUCAUGGAUGGUAGUUGUCGGGUCGUGGCCGUCCGGUCUGGCAAGGAGUGGAGCGAGUGGUCGGCCGAGAUCAGGAUACAAGGCGACGAGCUCAGGUGGAGAUUCUGCUCGGAUAGCUCGGUCAACGGAUGGGGAUGGAGAUUCACUGUCUACCCUGUGCUGGCCACUCUUGAGCCCCUUGGCUCCGACCGAGCGGUACUCUCUCAGCCCUCCAUCACCCUGGCGGAAUACCUUUUGGACAAUGAUUUAAUUCAUUCCGACAAGAACAUUGUUACCCGAUUGGCAGCCACCCUGGCGCAGUGCAGUCAGCUCAGCAUUCUGAGCGCCCAGCAGCGUAUGUGGGCCCUGAAGAAGCUCCAGGUGGUGUACUUGAGUGCUCCUGGGAUUCGAUCCGAUACCGCUCUAUCGACCUUAUUGGGCUCCUUACCCCAAGCUUUGCUCAGACAGUAUGAAUACGAGGAUCCUGCAGUUAGAGGUGGCAAGCAACUGAUGCACAGUGACUUCUUCAAGGUCCUCGUAGGCCUCGCUUGCGAUCUUGAACUCGACUCCAUGCAAUGUUGCGCAGAGAUCCACAAGUGGUCUUGGUUCCGGAGGUAUUGCCUCGCUGCCCGAGUUGCCAAAGCCCUUAUCAACCGCACUUCCCUACCCGCGCCCUUCUGCUUAGAAGUUAUCAAAAGAAUCAACGAGAUGAUCACCGAUGGAGAUACCGGAUCCAAAGACCACGAGAACCAUGAAAUUUUUAAGCAAGAGCACGACGAGCAGUUACUGCAGUGGCUUAAUAGGAGACCGGAAGACUGGACCUUGUCUUGGGAUGGGUCCGGAGCUAUUUAUGGCUGGGGUCAUAAUCACAGAGGACAACUGGGUGGACUGGAAGGUGCUAAAGUUAAGCUACCUUCGCCCUGCGAGAGUCUUUCGGCUCUUAGGCCUGUUCAGCUCGCUGGUGGAGAACAAACUCUGUUUGCAGUCACUGCCGAUGGCAAGGUUUAUGCGACUGGGUACGGUUCAGCCGGUCGCCUCGGAAUUGGAAGUACGGACUCCGUAAUGGUACCAACACUCUUGGAGUCUAUUCAGCACGUCUUUAUUAAAAAAGUCGCCGUCAAUGCCGGAGGAAAGCAUGCCCUUGCCUUGAGUUCCGAGGGCCAUGUUUAUUCCUGGGGUGAAGGAGACGAUGGUAAACUGGGACACGGCGUUAGAUUGUCCUUUGAGAGGCCGAAGUUGAUCGAGGAUUUACUCGGCACUGAAAUCGUCGACAUUGCCUGCGGUGGACAUCACAGUGCCGCCAUCAGCAGUGCCGGUUGGCUCUAUACAUGGGGAAAAGGACGAUAUGGACGUCUGGGACAUGGAGAUAGCGACGAUCAGUUGAGGCCCAAGGUCGUUGCUGCUCUGCAGGGUUACAAGGUCAUCGACGUUGCCUGUGGUAGCGGAGAUGCUCAAACACUUUGUGUCACUGACGACGACAACGUAUGGAGCUGGGGAGACGGCGACUACGGAAAGUUGGGCAGAGGAGGAAGCGAUGGUUGCAAAUUUCCCAUGAAAAUAGAAUCUCUCGAGGGACUUGGAGUGAUCAAGGUGGAGUGCGGUAGCCAAUUCUCGGUGGCGUUGACGAAAUCCGGCACCGUUUAUACUUGGGGCAAAGGCGACUACCACCGAUUAGGACAUGGCAACGGUGACCACGUGCGUCGACCUCGUAAAGUAGCCGCUCUUCAGGGUAAGAAAAUUAUCUCAAUUGCAACGGGGUCUUUGCAUUGCGUGGCCUGCUCCGAUAAAGGAGAAGUCUUCACCUGGGGCGACAACGACGAGGGGCAGCUGGGAGAUGGAACCACGAGCGCUCUGCAAAGGCCAAGGCUUGUGCACGCUUUGCAAGGAAAGAAAAUAACGCGCGUCGCGUGUGGAAGUGCUCACACGUUAGCGUGGAGCACGACGAAAGUCACGCAGAGCAGAUUGCCAGCGUCGAUCCCGAUGGAGUACGACUUGGUGAAAGACUUGCCGUUCUCCACUUUGCACAAUCGAUUGGUCCUGUUGCAUCAUUUUGCGGAGUUGCUGUGUCCGUCGUUGACGAUGUUUCCUACAAUAGGUCCCAUCAGUCUGAGCCGACUUGCUCCUAUGUUGGUUUACAGCAUCAAAGAGGCAACAUUCCGCAAAGUGAUUCAAGCAACGAUGGUCAGGGACCGCCAACACGGACCGGUUAUUGAGCUGAACAGGAUCCAAGUAAAGAGGGCAAGAAGCAAAGGUGGACUCGCCGGACCUGAUGGGAUAAAAUCAGUAUUCGGUCAGGUGGUCUCGAAAAUGUCUUUACUGACGCAAGACGUCCUUUUCCUGCCGCACCGGGUGUGGAAGGUCAAAUUUAUCGGGGAAAGUGUCGAUGACUGUGGAGGUGGUUACAGUGAAAGUAUUGCGGAGAUGUGCGACGAACUACAAAACGGAUCUUUACCUCUGUUUAUUUCGACACCCAAUGGCAGGGACGACAAUGGAACGAACAGGGAUUGUUUCCUGUUAAAUUCGGUGGCUACCUCACAUCUGCACCUGAAUAUGUUCCAAUUUUUAGGAAUAUUAAUGGGAGUAGCUAUAAGGACGGGAAGUCCUUUGAGCUUGAAUUUGGCCGAACCCGUUUGGAAACAGAUAGCUGGAAUUUCGUUAACGCCCGGUGACUUGACAGAAGUUGAUAGAGAUUACGUGCCCGGCUUAUUGUGCAUAAGAGAUAUGGACCCUGAUGAAAAAGUUUUUCAGUCUUUGGAAAUGCCCUUUUCAACUCCCUCCGCAGUUGGACAUGAUGUACCAUUAUCCAAUAGAUAUCGAAAGAUAACUCCGGAAAAUAGGCACGAAUACGUUCGGUUAGCUUUAAACUAUAGACUUCACGAGUUUGACGCUCAAGUAGCUGCUGUACGGGAAGGUUUAUCAAAAGUUGUCCCCGUACCAUUGUUGGCUUUGUUUAGUGGAGCAGAGCUUGAAACAAUGGUGUGUGGCAGUCCAGAUAUACCUUUAUCUUUAUUAAAAUCAGUUGCAACGUACAAAGGUAUCGAGGCAACUGCACCAUUAAUUCAAUGGUUCUGGGAAGUUAUGGAAGAGUUUUCAAAUCAAGAAAGAUCUUUGUUUCUGCGAUUCGUUUGGGGUAGAACUCGUUUACCACGGACAAUUGCGGAUUUUCGAGGGAGAGACUUCGUUUUACAGGUGAUGGACAAAUACAAUCCACCGGAUCAUUUCUUACCGGAGAGUUAUACGUGUUUCUUCCUUCUUAAAAUGCCGAGAUAUUCGUGUAAACCAGUAUUGCGGCAAAAAUUGAAAUACGCAAUACAUUUUUGUAAAAGCAUUGACACCGAUGAGUACGCUAGAGUGCAAGCUGUGCCUACUUCUGAUACGGAAGACAGCGACAGUCUCGCCAGCGAAGAACAUACGUCCCUUUAGUUUAAACAAUCUGUGGAAUUAUGAACAAGAGUCGAUAAAAACGAUUUAAAUGUGAUACAGUAAGAGAUCUCUCCGAAGAAAAUUAACGUCUUUUACUCAGUAUUUAUUUAAUUCAAGCUAGAUAAAGAUCUCUACUCAUACCGUGUGAAAGAAAUUGCAUUCUGUAUGCUACAAGAAAGGCUGAAUUGAAAUUACAAUUAAGAAAAACUAUUAUCUUCAAAGACGACGUUACAGGAUGGAAUUUGCAACGGGAGAUCUGCAUACAUCGGAUAGAUACUUAAGUAAUAUUUUUAAGGCUUGUGUGAAUAUCUGCUCUGCGAUGGCCUUUUCAAAUAUCAUAGAUAGUGCGAUAUUGAUGUUAUUGAUGAUUGAUCUUAAAUUAGAAUGAUGCCAAUUGAGAAACGAAAAGAGAAAAGCUAAUUCGCCAAAUAGUUCAUUUUAUCACGUUGACGAUUGGGCAUUCUACCGCAUUGGAAUAAUACUUUAUACACUCUACAGGGUACCAAUGGAUUUAGUUAAAAUGGGUAAAGAAACAGUUCUUCCUUUGGUUUUCAAAGAUAUAACAUAAAAACACUGUAACCGUUACAUACGUCUUUGUAACAUAUAAUAUAAAAUGCAUAUUACAUGUACGUAAUAUUUAUAUUUAUAUUACUAUGUCCUGCACAGUUACAUAACGCUGUUAUAAAACGAAUAAUUACCUUACACAUAACAUAUCGAUAACAUGUUAUGUGUUAUGUUAGUAUUAUACAACUGCAUUGAAGACAAAUUUCAAACAAUGUUACGAAACGGUAAUAAUUCGAUAUUAUAUAAUAUCAAUGUAUUCUUUGAAUAACUUUCGUUAUAUACCCUGUGUUAUGUAAUUGUAAUAUAGCAUGCUUGGUGGGAACGAAUCAGAAAGAACCGCAGUAGUAUAAUGAGUGUUGUCAUCGUAGCAGCUAAUAUGCGUUCAUUGCAAUAAGUUGUCGGGAAGUUGUCAAUGUUCAAUUUUAUAUUUGAGGAAAUGUAUCUGCAAGGGAUCACAACUUUUAAUUGAGCAGAUAGUUCUUUCAUUUUUGUUACACGAUCUGUCGAGGAUGUUAAUGAUAUCACUUUAGAUUAGUAAGAGGACCCAAUAUCUAUGCGGAAUGAACCGAUUAAUCGAGUGAUAGGUACUCGACGGAGAGUCACUACCUUUUCCUUAUACAACACAAGUGAGAGAUGCUGUUCUAAGCAGCUAAAAUAUUCCCGAUCACGAAUUGUUGGACAUUCUUUAAAUUAGCGUGCACUUAUACGAUUUUAACUAUCAAGCGUUUUAUCUCGAUGACUUUUCGUACGAGUAAUUAAGCGUACAGAUUAUGCUUCUGGUGGUGUAGUUCCAUCGAAACCUAUCUGCGAAUAAAGACGCUGCAUUACUCA